AUGGUGGAACAACUGAUCAGCAUUUUUUUCCUAUUCACGAUUGUAAUUUAUUUGGUUCUUUCGGAAGAUAAUUGCCGAAUACUGCAGUUUUUGGAUGCCAAAGAUGGCUCAGCGCUGGAAAAACACGAUUGCAGAGUUCAGUGUUAUCUGGAGAACCCAUGCGUAUCGUACAACUUUGGAAAGAGAGUAGCAGGAGAUGAGGUCUGUGAAUUAAACAAUUCGACAGACAUACAACAUCCGGACGAUUUAAAGCCGAGAGUGAAUUUCGUUUAUCGUGGAGCUGAGAACUCAUGUGGAACCACGCCUUGUAUGAAUGGUGGGACAUGUCAAUCCGGGUUUUUACCACACGGGUACCGCUGCCUUUGUGCUGCAGGCUUUACUGGGUUAAAAUGCGAAACAGAUAUAGACGAUUGCAGCGCUAAUCCGUGUCACAAUGGAGGAUCAUGCCGAGAUCUUGUCAAUGGGUUCAAGUGUGACUGCCCUGAGGGGUACCUUGGAACUCUGUGUGAUACAGCUCCCUCAGAAUGCAAUCAGUACAAGAUUCUGAAUGACUCCGAUCGACACAGCGAUUUUGGUCGCGGUGACCGAAAAUGUGAUAAAAAUUUGACAGAAGACUGGUACAGAUUCUCGGCGGGGGCUGGAACGAGUAUACCUACUCACUGCCUACCGCACCAUAGAUGUGGAACGGACUUGCCUGGGUGGAUGGUCGGAGCAUACCCAACAGUUAACGAAGGAGUGGUUUCCAGAAAAGUUUGUUUUCAUGGCUAUCGUUACUGUUGUCACCGCCACAUUAUGAUCAAAGUACGGAAUUGCAGCUCUUUCUUUGUAUACAGACUGAAACCGGUCCAAGUUUGUGCCAGCCGAUACUGCGGAAAAAGCUAG